CUAUCUAUGUCACCGUUUAUGUCUUAACAGAGUUGAACAAAUUCGGACAGAUGCAAUAACAUGAUUUACUCUCUGGAAGAUAAUGAUUGAUUGUUGCGCUCGUAUGGAAGUUGGAGUUAAAUUUGUUACAUCCCUGAAAUUAUUUAAUUCAAGAAACACAGUAUUUUUAAACAAAAGCUGACGAUGUUUUGUCCCAGCAGCGUUUUAGCGCAUUUAGCGAAAUUUGUUGUGACAAUUGGUUGUAUGAGAGCUCUUAAUAAUUAUUACGGCAAAGCAACCACUUGGUCAGUUCGUGCCUUCCAAAUGCAACUUUUACACUCAAUGGUUGGAUUGCUCAGAUUUGGAGCUCCAUUUAUCACAUCAGCAAUUGAUGUUACAAAGUACUUAAGGAUCUUUUAUGACUGGUACUCCAAGAUUGUCGAUGUUAUACCUUUGGCAUUAUUUACGGCUGGUUUCUUACACGGAUAUGGCGUUAGUCAAAAAGUUUGGCUUACAGUAUUGUCCUUAGGUGUAUUGCCAAUAUUUUUUUACCUACAACCAAAGAGAAAAGAAAGUCAGAUGAGAAAGCAUCAAUUGUUAAUGAACAUUAUUUAUACCUUACAAUUGUUGAUGAUCACAUUGGUUGGUUUAAGGAAUAGUAAUUAUAAUGUUAUCAGUUUAGUUGCCUCCUAUAUUUUUGAGCGUUUUUUCAUUGACGAAUUUUGUUAUUAUUAUGAUAUACCAAGUACUGAUCUGACCCAGUAUUCUUUGUGCUUUAUAGAGAUUUUUAUGGUCUUAACUUUGAAUGAACUGUAAAUGAUUGUAUGUAUUAUUAUUAUUAUAUUUUUACAUAUUUAAGGAAAUAAACCGAAUCUUCAUUUA